ACUCUCGGUAUAAAGGCGGACUUCAAAUUAGCCCUAAAGUAUUUCACUCUGGCCUCUCAACAAGGCAACAUACUAGCCUUUUUCUACUUGGGAGAAAUGCAUGCGACUGGGGUCGGAGUUCUUCGAUCUUGUACCACGGCCACUGAGCUUUUCAAAAAUGUGGCCGAACGGGGUCGCUGGUCCAGAUGGUUCAUGUCGGCGUAUGCAGCCUAUCAUGCUCAACGCUAUGACGAGGCUUUCAUCACAUAUCAAUUGUUGGCUGAACUCGGGUAUGAAGUGGCUCAGAGCAAUGUUGCCUAUAUGCUGGAAGAAGGAAAGGUCACAGUGGUGGAUAAGUCGGAAUUUCAUGUGCGCGCUCUUACGCACUGGCAACGAUCAGCCACACAAGAAUUCUUAUCGGCUGGCGGUGAACAACACAUUCAGAUUGAUGAGAUCAAUUAG